CGGGCCGCGGGGACGCGGAGUUGGGGCCGGGCCGGGCGAGCGCACGGACAUGGCCCCGUGGCUGCAGCUCUGCUCCGUCUUCUUCACGGUCAACGCCUGCCUCAACGGCUCGCAGCUGGCCGUGGCCGCCGGCGGCUCCAGCCGGGCUCGGGGCGCGGACACCUGCGGCUGGAGGGGAGUGGGGCCGGCCAGCAGAAACAGCGGGCUGCACAACGUCACCUUCAGAUAUGACAACUGCACCACCUACUUGAACCCAGUGGGAAAGCACGUGAUUGCCGAUGCCCAGAAUAUCACCAUCAGCCAGUACGCGUGCUAUGACCAAGUGGCAGUCACCAUUCUUUGGUCCCCAGGGGUCCUCGGCAUCGAAUUCCUAAAAGGAUUUCGGGUAAUACUGGAGGAGCUGAAGUCAGAGGGAAGACAGUGCCAACAACUGAUUCUGAAGGACCCAAAGCAGCUCAACAGUAGCUUCAAAAGAACCGGAAUGGAAUCGCAGCCUUUCCUGAACAUGAAGUUUGAGACAGAUUACUUUGUGAAGAUUGUCCCUUUUCCUUCCAUUAAAAAUGAAAGCAAUUACCACCCUUUCUUCUUCAGAACCCGUGCCUGCCACCUGCUGUUACAGCCGGACAACCUGGCCUGUAAGCCAUUCUGGAAGCCGCGGAGCCUGAACAUCACACAGCACGGGCUGGACAUGCAAGUGACCUUCGACCACGCGCCACACAGCUUUGGCUUCCGUUUCUUCUACCUGCAUUACAAACUCAAGCAUGAAGGACCCUUCCGGCGGAAGACCUGCAAGCAGGAGCCAAAUACAGAGACAACCAGCUGCCUUCUUCAGAAUGUUUCUCCAGGGGAUUAUAUCAUUGAGCUGGUAGAUGACACUAAUACCACAAGAAAAGUGAUGCAUUAUGCCUUAAAGCCAGUGCAUUCCCCGUGGGCGGGGCCCAUCCGAGCUGUCGCCAUCACUGUGCCCCUGGUGGUCAUAUCCGCCUUCGCCACGCUCUUCACUGUGAUGUGCCGCAAAAAGCAACAAGAAAAUAUAUAUUCACAUUUAGAUGAAGAGAGUUCUGAGUCCUCCACGUAUACCACGGCGCUGCCCAGAGAGCGGCUGCGCCCACGGCCAAAGGUUUUCCUCUGCUACUCCAGUAAAGACGGCCAGAACCACUUGAACGUGGUCCAGUGCUUUGCCUACUUCCUGCAGGACUUCUGUGGCUGCGAGGUGGCUCUGGACCUCUGGGACGAUGUCACUCUCUGCAGGGAGGGUCAGCGCGCGUGGGUCACCCGACAGAUCCGCGAGUCCCACUUCAUCAUCGUGGUGUGCUCCAAGGGCAUGAAGUACUUCGUGGACAAGAAGAGCCACAAGCACCGGGGCGGUGGGCGCAGCCCGGGCACGGGGGAGCUCUUCCUGGUGGCCGUGGGGGCCAUCGCUGAACAGCUGCGCCAGGCCCAGCACAGCUCUCCGGCCGCGCGCCGCAAGUUCAUCGCCGUCUACUUCGACUAUUCCUGCGAGGGGGACAUUCCCGGCGUGUUGGAGCUGAGCACCAAGUACAAGCUCAUGGACCACCUGCCCCAGCUCUGCUCGCACCUGCACGCCCGCGACCCGCGGCUGCCCGAGCCGGGCCCACCCCCGGGACACGGCAGCAGGCGGAACUACUUCAGGAGCAAGGCCGGCCGCGCCCUCUAUGUGGCCAUCUGCAACAUGCACCAGCUCAUCGACGAGGAGCCCGACUGGUUCGAGAAGCAGUUCAUCCCCUGCCACCCCCCGCCCCCACUCCGCUUCCGGGAGCCGGUCCUGGAGAAGUUUGACUCGGGCUUGGUGUUGAACGACGUCAUGUGCAAAGCGGGGGCUGAGGCGGCCGGCCCGGGGGCUCCGGCCGACAAGGGUCACUCCCCGGGGCACGAGACGGAGGUGCGGCCUGGCCCCGACGGCGGUUCCGUGCUCCAGCCCCUGCUGCACGCGGUCAAAGCCGCGGGGCCCUCGGACAUGCCUCGGGACUCGGGCAUCUAUGACUCCUCCGUGCCCUCGUCUGAGCUGUCGCUGCCCCUGAUGGAAGGACUCUUCACAGACCCGACAGAAACGUGCUCGUUGGCGGAGAGCGUGUCGUCCUCCUCGGGCCUGGGUGAGGAGGACCCUCCUGCUCUGCCUUCCAAGCUCCUGGCCUCGGGGGCUUGCCAAGCAGAACCUGGUUGCCGCAGCUGUACUGGCGAGCUCUGUGCCGUGGCCCCUUUGUAAUGAAGCCGAAGCAUCUAAGCAUUGCCACUUUAGCCGCCGCCUCUCCGGGUCCCAGGUCUUCUCUCGGGGACUGAGGGCUCCCAGGAGGCAACACGGAGUGAAACUCAGGCCAGGACUCACUCACCUGGCCCCACCCUCUUAGCAUGUUAGCAGAUACCUUGGCCAGUUCUCCCAGUUGUCUCAAGCCGCACGGAACUCUGAAAGGCACAUCCAGGAAGUCUGACGGCGGCCUGCCCGUUAGGUCAGUCCUUGGAUGAGAUCCAGCUCGGGGAUGUGGGCAGGAAGUAGGUCGUGGGAGGCGGCCCAAGAGCCCUACAGAGGGAGGGUUCCAGGUUUAGUUUAUCUCCACUAACUUUGCCUGUUUGGCUUCUCUGAUGUGAAGGGCUUUGAGGAAAAAGCACUUUGAGUGCCAGUGACAGCCAGAAAAGUCGAGUGACAGUCUUCGUGGAACCCUCGUCCUU